CUCGACAUAAGUUACCUCCCAUGUUUGUCAAAUGCCAUUUUAAAACAAAGUUAUGUAUGUCAACAUCUUAAGCAAAGUUGCUGAACGGUUGGCAAAGGUUGGUUUGGAGACCCAUCCAUUUAAGAUUGGCUGGUACAAUGAACAUGUUGGUGAACAUUUCAAAUUUCCACUUGACUACGACACGUUUGCUCUUCUGGUGAUCAGCACACCAGACAUGUUUGAGAACGGGCUCUGGCAUUUCAUAUUGCGAGAAGAGUGUACUGGCACCCAGGACAUGCUGGACACAUUCCUCAAGGAACAGUUCAGUGCAAUCAAACAGAUGUAUGCAGACAUGGAUAUUGAGGCUAUCCAUGACUUUGAGAUGCUGCCCAAUCACCGGCCCCGUGUCCUGGUGCAGACAGCUGGCCAUGUAUCUGGGGCAGCCUACUUUUACCAGCAGAAAGAUGUCCACCCCAACCCUUGGGGAGAUAAGAAACUGUUUGGGGUCAGUAUUCACCCAAAGUAUGGUGGUUGGUUUGCCCUUCGAGGGGUCUUGAUCUUUAAGAACGUUCAGUGCGCUGAAUUGCCUCGACUCAAUCCACCUGACUGCGUUCAAUCGUUUGAACUCAGGAAAGAGCUUCUUGAACGAUUUAAUGAUCGGUGGCAGGACUGGUCUUAUAGGGACAUUAUUCCAGUCGAACACAAAUACUCAGAACGCCAAAAGCAAUAUUUUGGUACACUGCCAAAAGACAGAAAAGCUUUGAUUGAAAAGUGGAAAGCAGGUGGUGAAUCUCAUUGUAAUUUGUAGUUUAUUUCAGUAGAGUGUAAGCUCUGAGAUAAUAGAAUUAAACAGAGUUAUUUGGCUUAAAAUGUUUUGUAUUGUUGAUGCUUUAAAUUCUUGAGUAUUUCAGAUAUUGCUUAAAAAACUCUUUUGAGUGUCUCGUACUUUUUAUGUUUUUUUCCCUUUUUCUAAAAGAACCCUUUAAAUUUUAGCAUUUAUGUUUGUUGCUGAUUUCCCAUAUAUUUUUUAUCUAAUUUCUAAAAUAAUUUUUAACUUCUUUUAGACUUCACAUUUGUUCAAAUUGAGUAUUUGUAAUGAUUUUUCAGCACUAAUCAUUAGGGCAAGGUUAAGUUACAAUGUAAUGUAAACCCCCAGCGUAUGAUUUUUUGAGGGGUAUAUUGCUGUCUCUGUGUCAGUUGGACGGUCAGUUGGUUUGUUUAAGAAAUGGUAUUUUUCUAUCAUGGUUUGUUGUCGAAUGACCCACAGUAAGGAGUAUAGAUGCGUAGGAAUUAAAUCACGAGAUUUAAUAACACGCAUCUAUACUCCUUACUGUGGGUUAUUCGACAACAAACCAUCAUAGAAAAAUAUUAUUUCUAUUCUUACACGAUUCUGAUUGAUUUGAUUCAAGCUUUUGGACGCGAACUAUAUUUUUCAAUACUCCGCCCUUCUAGUACAAAGUUCACUAUUUAGUGACGUCAUUGAAUUGUACAAACAUAUGACGUCGUUUUCAUUCAUAAAUAUUUUGCAAAUGACAUCACUUUCAUUGAGAACAACAAUCGUAGACACUAAAUGACGUCACUUUUAUUGAUGCUACUGAAAAACGGACAUGCUUUAAAUGUUUUCUUAAUUACGUUUUUUUAACAAAUAACAUUCUUUGCAGGCGUGGUUAUGCCACUUAUCACCAAAUAUACAAUUUGUUGUUUCAUUACAUGUAUAUACAUGCUACAUUUAUUACAUUUCUUUUAGAGCGGGAUUUAGCCCGUGGAUUUUACUGCAAUAUUUACUUAAGUUAUUCGGAACUAUUUUCGAAAAUAUUAAGCUCCGCCCAUAAUUUAUUGCAGAAUAACCCACACUUGAUUUCCUUCUUUGUCUAUAGAAAACAAGUCGCGUGCUGUGUUAGAAUUGUUGGCAUCACAAUGGAGUGUAAAUGUGCAGUACACUUUCCAUGUGCAGUGAUGGUCACGUUCCUGAAUUAUGUGCUUUUGAUUGAACCAUUUUUUAUUGGUGCAAUUGAUGUUAGAUAUAUUUUUAAGCAAAAACAAAAGCAGAUAUUUUUUUAAGCAAAAACAUAAGCAGAAACAUAAAGUUUGUUCAGCAAACUUCUACAUUACUCAAGUGAUUUAAUUGAAACUUGAGAGCUGUCUUCACCAUCUAUUGUAUGUUUAAAGACACAUUUUUAAGUGUAGUGAUUUACUUAUUUUUGAGUUAUGUGCCCAUGAUCUUAGUCAUGGACAUAGAUGUUUUGCUGGUGACAAAGCCAUGUUGGGGUAUUUGUGACAAAGCCAUGUUGGGGUAUUUGUGACAAAGCCAUGUUGGGGUAUUUGUGACAAAGCCAUGUUGGGGUAUUUGUGACAAAUCCAUGUUGGGGUAUUUGUGACAAAGCCAUGUUGGGGUAUUUGUGACAAAGCCAUGUUGGGGUAUUUGUGACAAAGCCAUGUUGGGGUAUUUGUGACAAAGCCAUGUUGGGGUAUUUGUGACAAAGCCAUGUUGGGGUAUUUGUGACAAAGCCAUGUUGGGGUAUUUGUGACAAAUCCAUGUUGGGGUAUUUGUGACAAAGCCAUGUUGGGGUAUUUGUGACAAAUCCAUGUUGGGGUAUUUGUGACAAAGCCAUGUUGGGGUAUUUGUGACAAAUCCAUGUUGGGGUAUUUGUGACAGUUCCAUGUUGGGGUAUCUGUGACAAAGCCAUGUUGGGGUAUUUGUGACAAAGCCAUGUUGGGAUAUUUGUGACAGUGCCAUGUUGGGGCAUUUGUGACAAAGCCAUGUUGGGAUAUUUGUGACAAAGCCAUGUUGGGAUAUUUGUGACAAAGCCAUGUUGGGAUAUUUGUGACAAAGCCAUGUUGGGGUAUUUGUGACAAUGUCAUGGUUUGGUAUAGUUGACACAGCCAUGUUUAGCACCAGGAGCUCCAAGCUGACAAACGUAUAUGUAUUUUCAAUUGAACAGAUUACGUUUUCCUAUCAAAGCAUCUUAAGACUAGCAUGUUUAGCUUACCUGUGCUUGAAUUUUUUAAAGGGACUUGUUCACAGGUUUUGGAAUGUGUUGUUAUUGUUCAUGGUGUUUUUAAUGCUUUUUAUAAGAAAUCCAGUUAGUGUCACAAAAUAUAACGAUAACAACAGGACGCCACUUGUUCAAUCGUUUUGCGUUUGUAACGUUUGAUAAUUUUCAUGUUUUUAAAUCGACAUAAGAUGCAUAUAAUGGAUAUUUUAAGCACGGGAAAUGUUCAGUAUUAUCGGUAUUGUUACCUCGCAAAUAACUUAAUUUCAACAAAAAUUUGCAAAAAAAACCCAUUUCUUCAAAUGUUUCAAUUAACCGAACCGUGAACAGGUACCUUUAAAGGGAUCUUUUCACGCUUUGGUAAAUUGACAAAAUUGAAAAAUGUUGUUUCAGAUUCGAAAGUUUUCGUUUUAGUUAUGAUAUUUGUGAGGAAACAGUAAUA